AUGCGCCUGCAGGAGAUCGUUGAUGGCACGGAGGGUCUCACUCUAAAGGCCGCAGAAGAAGGAGCAAAAUCACAAUCCAGCCAAGCGACAGCAGAGCCAGCACAAGAUGCCAGGCCACAAGCGAUGGCCCCGGAGCUGCCUCCGCAGCUUGCAAUCAACAGCGGCAAGACGGCGGCGGAGAUUAUGGCCGAUCUGAACAAGUCGCCCCUGUUCAUGACGGAGCUGGAGGAGAACGACGACAUCGCAGCGCUGCAGGCACUAGCGUACGAGGGAACGUCGCUGGAGAAUGCCGUGAAUUUCAAGGAGCAGGGUAACGAGUGCUUUCAAGUGAAGCAGUGGUCGGAUGCCAAGGAAUUUUACGGCAAGGGAGUCGCCAUCGUAGUCACCGAGGAGAGGAGGCGGGCGAAAGGCGAGAAGCCCCGAGAAGGAGACCCGGAUGGAGACGAUUCCGAGGAGAUCCGCAAACAGAAAGCCGUGCUUGAGGUUCUGUAUGUCAACAGGGCGGCGUGCGAGCUCGAGCUCAAGAACUACCGGAGCGCCUGGCUCGACUGUGGGCGGGCGCUGCAGCUGAAUCCGAAGAACCUGAAGGCAUACUACAGGAGUGCGAAGGCGUUGCUAGCGGUGGGACGCAUUGCGGAUGCGGAUGAUGCGUGCGCGAGAGGCUUGGCGAUAGACGCGAACAACUCGGCGCUGAAGACUGUGGCGACAGAGAUCAUUAAGAAGGCGGAGCAGAUGGAUGCCAAAGCAAAGAUCGAGAAUGCGAGGAUAGCGAAGGAGAAGAGGCGCGAGAUGCUCAUGAAGGCUGCGCUCAAAGCAAGGAAUAUCAAGGUCAGGAGUACAAAUCAACCACCAGAGAUGGAGGACGCAAAGUUGCAACUCGUGCCAGACCCGGACGAUCCGAGGAGUAGCCUGAGCUUUCCGACUGUUCUGCUGUAUCCGGUGCAUCUGGAGACGGACUUCAUCAAGGCGUUCAACGAGACGGAGAGCCUAGAGCAGCACUUUGGCUAUGUGUUUCCCCUACCUUGGGACACUCAAGGGGUGUAUACGACAAAUGGGGUGGAGUGCUACAUGGAGACACUUGCUGGCGGUUUGAUCAAGGUUGGCAAGAAAGUCCCCCUGCUUAAGGUGCUCGGAACUGGCAAGGUUGAGGUGGUAGAUGAAGUUGUCAAAAUCUUCGUGGUACCAAAAGCGAAGGCAGACGCCUGGGUCCAAGAGUUCAAGACGAAGAAGGCGGCGGAGCUGAAGGGCACGUCGUGA